AUGGGACGUCCUCAGAAGAAAAUCAUCCGGAUUCCUCGCACCCUUGUACAAUGGCCCUUCCCUCGUAGGAUUAACCCCCACUAUCAGGAGGCGAAGUAUGCGUCGCAGUCCUGGAUCGAGAGUUUCCGUGCCUUCGAGCCGAGGGCUCAGGAUGCCUUCAACCGUUGCGACUUCGCCCACCUCAGAGUCGGGUGCGACUUGAUCAACUUAUUCUUCGUCGUGGACGAGUUCUCCGACUUGCAAUCUGCGGAUGUGGUCCGCAGUCAAGUAGACAUUGUUCUGGAUGCCCUGCGCAACCCACACAAGCCUCGCCCCGCAGGCGAAUGGGUUGGCGGAGAAAUCACUCGGCAAUUUUGGGAACGUGCAAUCGUCGAUGCGAGCGAUGUGAUGCAGCGCCGUUUCCUGAAAAGCUUUGGCGACUACCUCGAAUCCGUCGUUGAUCAAGCCCGCGACAGAGACUGUCGGCACGUUCGCGACAUUGACGGAUACAUGGAGGUCCGGCGCAAGAACAUCGGUUGCAGACCCUUGCUUGCUCUCAUGCUCCUUGAAGAGGACAUACCGGAGGAAAUCUUCGACCUUCCGCUUAUCGAAGAGAUGACUCGCAUCGCAAUCGACGUGAUCACUCUGUCUAACGACAUGUACUCCUACAACCGGGAGCAGUCUCAGGAUGACGCCGAUCACAACUUCGUGACCGUCGUGAUGCAUAGCGUGGGCAUGAACCUUGCCCGAGCCAUGGCCUUUACUGGCCGGCGUCACGAGCAGCUCGCGGCGGAGUUCGUGAAGCUCUGGGAAGACUCGAAGAAUGACCCCGCGUGCAUGCAGCCGAGUGUCCAACGCUACAUCGAGAGCAUCGGCAACCUCGUCCGCACUAACGACCAAUGGAGCUUCGAAAGUCAGCGUUACUUUGGCCGUCACGGGCUCGAGGUGAAGCGCACUCGUAUCGUACCCCUCUUGGAGAAGCGCCCUGCUGUCAAAGAGCAUUGAGGGUGUUCACCACCUAUCCAUUACUUGAUUUAUUCAUGGACCAGUCACUCCUUCUCUAGAUUUUUUAUACUGCAGCUUAGCCUCUCCCUUAUAUUCG